AGAUGCAGUUUUGAUGUGCCUUCUGCUCUGCCCUUCAUACAAAAUAAAUCUGAAAUCUGACGACUGGAUACAGAAAUAUAAUGCUGUUGCCAAAGUUUUCAAAUUUAAGAAGAUUAAGAAGCCAUCCAAUCUCAGCAACAUAAAGAAGUACAAACCAAUACUCAAACAGGAUACUGUGGAAGUUGAAUUUUCCUGUGAAUUCUUCAGAGACACCAGCUUUCUUAGAUUUGCAAGGGAUCAGAAAUUCGUGAAUAUGUUUCUGGAUUGGGCAGAAAAAGAAAACAUUGCAAAGUACUGCAGAUCAUCAAAUUAUCUGAGAAAAGAGAUUGAGGAAGAAGUUUGCUGUUGGUUAUUGCCAAAUCAAACAGAACAACUGAUAGAAAAACUUGGAGAAGACAUGUUCACACAUGCAACGAUGAUGGACCAAUCAAUACAUGAAUUAGUGUAUACCAAGCUUGGCAUACCAGUACAGGUUAUAAUGAGAGGUGAUGAGUCUGUGAGGAAUUUCUUGGACAAUCUGAAGAAAGGGGAGACGACCAUGUAUCAUGCCUCUGGGAUGAUCAUUGGGUGUGCAGGUAGUGGGAAGUCAACCUUACUAGAAAGACUGAAAGGCACCGACCUGAAAGAAAUUCUGAAGAAUUCAACAUCGACCAGGGGCAUUGACGUACAGUCUGACAUUUUUGAUGUGACAGACACCACAGUCCGAGUAAACACGUCAAACGAAAAACAACGCUUUAAAGUUAAAAUUGAUGAAUCAAGCGAACAAAAGACUAUUUCAAAUCAGCCUGCAAAAUUAUCAGGUGACAUGAAAAGAUUAGACAUCAAAGAGUCAGGGGAUCAGAUGGAUGCAGCCAGUAUAGCAAACGAACAAGAAUCGGUCAGUGAUGAAGAAAUUACACAUGAGAGCUUGGAUUUAGAUUCUGAAUCACUCAAAGGAAAUGAAGCCGCUGCUUUCGUGGAUGAAAGAGAAAAGUUUGAAGACAAAAAAAUGGUUUCUGAAAAUUCAGAAAUAUCAGGAAUUUUAAAAGUUUCCAAAGAUGUUUUGGGCGAGCCAGAGAAAAAAAUUACCAUGGUUGACUUUGCGGGACAGUGUUCAUAUUAUGCCUCACACCAGAUUUUUCUGAGUCCACGGGCAUUCUUCAUUCUUGUGCUUAAUAUGGAAAAAAAGUUUGAUGAAAAGGUUGGAAAAGAGGUCUGUAGCCAAGAAGGUUCCAUUUACGAAGGGUGGACACACAAAGACUAUCUAACAUUCUGGACCAAGUCCAUUCAUCAAUACAGCAGUGAAAAGGCUCCUGUUUUACUGGUGGGCACUCAUGCUGAAAGGAAGACAAAAGAGGAGAAAGAAAAGUUUUUUCGUGAGAUAUGGACGAGCUUGGAAACAAAGGAUGCGUCUCUGCAAAGGCAUUUUGACAGGAAAAGAAUGUUUGCUGUUGGAUUCCACGAGAAUGAAUGCAUUGCAAAAAUCAAGCUGUCAGUUGUUGAUGUUGUCAAAAACCUUGAUCACUGGGGUGAGAAACUCCCAUACUCCUGGGCAAUGUUUGAAAACUUCUUCCAGGAAAAGAAAAACCUUAAAAUAAUCAACAAAGAGACACUUUUGGCUUUCAAUGAAGCAUUGCCACAGGAAAUGAAGUUGGAAACAGUCGAAGAUAUUCACACCAUGCUGCAGUUUUUCCAUGACAUCAGAGAAAUUUUACACUUUAACCAAGAAUCUCUCAGAGGAAUAAUAAUUCUUGAUGUUCAGUGGUUUGCAGAUGCGUUCAAAAAUGUAAUCACAGAUAAAAACCACGCAGCAGAAGAUUUAUUUAAGCUUGCCUCACAAUGGAACAAAUUUAAUGAAACCGGAGUACUGAGUGACACACUGCUGUCUGCGAUAUGGGAAAUGAAUAGCAAUGGGUACCUUGAGCACAAAGAUGAUAUCAUGCAAUACAUGGAGAAGCUUGGUCUCUUGGCUAAAAUGGAAGACAACAAUUGGUAUGUUCCCUGUAUGAACAAAAGAUCGUUUCCUGUGCGUAGUUUUUCAUCCUACCCUGCCUCUUCCAUCCUCUGCUACACGUUUGAUGUUCUUCCUGCUGGUAUUUUUCAUCGCCUUGUAGCGAGUUGCGUGCAAUUUCCAUGGAAAAUUGUCAAAGUAAAUGAAGACGGAAAAGAACAACCUUGCAUUUACCAGACAGCAGCCGUGUUUUUGUUCGAGAAACACUGUGUUCUGCUUGGAAUGACCCAAUCAGAAAUUCAGUUGCAGGUGUACGUAAUUGAGGGAGAAGUUGAAAUACCCACAUGUAUCAAGAUAAGACAGAAAAUUGAAGAUGAAUUGCACACUCUGUCCUCUACAUUUCAAAGAAACUUGAAAUUCCAAAUUGGCUUUAAAUGCAAACCUAUUGGCUUUUGUGAUAUUAAAAAAAGUCACGUGAUCACGGAAUCUGAGCUUACAGAACCGACUCUUCUGUGCCCUUCCUGUCCUAUGGAUAAAAAGCACAAUAUUGACACGACAGAAAUCCUCAAAUACUGGAAACAGAUGAAGACAAGCGCUUCCACAACUCCAAUCGCCUCAGGACAAGACCUGGGGGACCAAUCUAGAUAUGCAAAACUCGGAAUGGCAACAAACGAUGUAUUAAAUCAGGCAUACAGAGAUAUACUGGAGAUGGAGGUGCCACCUUCCAACAUUGAAAACACAGUCAAAGCGUCACCAGUUUAUAAAAAAUUGCGUCCAGAACAAGAGCAUACCUUGCAGGAUGCUAAAAAUUCGGGAUAUAAGAAUUUCGAUAUCUCGUUAACAUACACAAUGAUCAGAAACAUUUGUAAAAAAGUUCCUAAACCAACGAAACGAAAAUGGGGCGACGAGCCUGCAGCAAGAGAAGUGACCGUGGGUGAUGAUAUCGAGAGAAUUAGGUCAAUCCGGAACGGUUUGACUGCACACGUGAGCUCAGCCUCCACAUCAAAGUCAGAAUUCCAGAAAACCUGGUCCAUUAUCUCAGAUAUCUGUCAAAGACUGGAAACUUAUACGGGAAAGAAGUAUUUGGAUGACCUCAAAAGAAUCCAAAAAAUGACCUUGAGAAUGGAAGAUGAAAAUGCCAUUAUAGAAAAGAUCAAAAUGGAAAGUCAGCAUAAAAUGGUGAAAAAAUUGUGUUCAGAUAUGGAAGAUGUGAAAGCAGCAGUAGAGAGGCUUGAAAUGAAGCAUGCGUCAAAUUAAGAGAGGAGUGUAAAUCUGAACUUUUUCUUUGAUACUAGAAAGUAAAAUGUGUAUUACUUUAAAUAGACUAAGAUGUGAAAUUCCUGUUCAAAACAAAAAUAAUGGUUUAUUAUUUUUUCAAUUAAUUAGAUACUGGAAAAUAGAUCUGAUUUUUUUAUAAACUUGGUUUCAAAUUAAAAAAACACUGAUAAUGAAUUUGAAAAUAUUUUUUUCUGUGAAUUUAGAAAGACAACUACAUUUGUAACAUUGCGUGAUCAUCUACAUAUAUGUCAAAGAAAAUGUUUGGAAAGUCAAUUGUUUAAAGACACAGUGCAUAUGUUGAAACUGUAUUAUAUGUAUGAAAGAAAGUUUAGCUGUGUAUCAGAUGAUGAAUGAAUAGUAGAUGUUAUGAAUCUGGUACUUUCCUAUAUAUGAAUAUCAGAAGGACCUUUUUAGGUCACUUAGUCUCAGGUGACCUAUUGCUAUCUUUUUUGUCUGUCGUUUGUUAACCUUUGAACAUUUUCAGCUUCUUCUCUGCACCUGCACAACCAAUUUAAACCAAAUUUGGCACAACAUAUCUAUAGGUACAGGGAAACAAUCAUUAUGAAUUUCAUUGGACCUGCUCCCCUGUGUCCCAAGGGUUUGGGCCAAAACCACCAAAAUUAAUGCAAUCCUUAAAAAUCUCUUUACUUCUGAACAUCAAGCAGUAAAACUGUUGGCAUGAUUGCAAUCAGCAUUGAGUCCUCUACCAACAUUUUGGAAAUCAUGGCCUCAGGAUCAGGGAUGCCAGUGCGGGGCUAAA